AUGGCGGACACUGCCUCGAAGCAUCGAGCUGAGUUUGCCUUUGCUCAGCUUGAGAACGAGAGAUCUCUGACAUCUCUCCGUGACGAGCUAAGGGUAGCUCGUGGGAUUGUCGAUCGGUCUUGGGAUGAGAUAGCUGCUCUUCAGACCCUUGUUGAUGCCCACCAUCGGGAGCACAAGGCUCUCUGCGAGAUGCUUGAGCGCAAUUGGCGUUCUUCAUCGGAAGAAGCAGCGUACUGA